AGGAGACGACACGAAACUAAAUACAUUUCUCGGAGUGUGGUUUCCUGUGAUCAGUCCAUUAUUAAAGACACUAACGACAACAUUUUAAUACAAAGUAUGUUUUGCACCGUUAUAAAUAAAGCUAUAAUUUACUUAAUAGUGAUGACUGUUUGCAUAACGAGAGUAAUCUCAUGGAAACAAAACAUAUUUCGAAAAGUGUCCAGUAUUCCUGUGAUAGAGAAUGCUUGCGACCUCUGGAAAGGUGUUGUUUGGAGUCUGGUGGAUUGUUCUAAAACAUGUUUAAGUGAUGAACGAUGUGUUCUCUUCAAGUAUGAUGAAAAUGGAACAUGUUCUACGUAUUGUAACAUCGGAACGGAGGUUGAAGCUGUGCAUGGAUAUGUCUCUGUUUCAGACACAUGCCUGCGUGGUUUUAUGAAAUACGAAAACAGCUGUUACAGGUUUUCGCCGAAAUCAGCGGUCGGAACAUGGGACGAAUGCAAGGCAUAUUGCCAAAGCAUGAAUUCCUACCUUGUCAUCAUAACGUCAGCUGAAGAAGACAAAUUCAUCCGGGAAUAUCUGUUACAAAAUACAACGAAUUCUGAUUACUGGAUCGGGGCAAACGAUCAACAAGUUGAAGGUCAGUUUCAGUGGAUGUCAGCCGGAUCACAUAAACCUGUAAACUACACCAACUGGUAUCAUGGCCAGCCAGAUAACAUAGACGAGGAAGACUGCGUAGAACUGAAAGGCAAAUAUGGCUUCCUUUGGAAUGACAACAAAUGUAACAAGAGAGCAGGAUUCAUCUGUGAACAGUUUUAGAAGACGACUCGUGAAGCAGUAUGAAAACGAGUGGACUUUCGCUUUGUCGCCGUUAGAUUUAAUAAAAUAAUGAUCUGAUCUGAACUCUUUUCACGUUCCCAUAUAACAUUAUGCUUUUGAGCACGCCCAUCAUUAAGCGUACGAUUCAUUUGUGAACAGUUUUAGAAAAUGACUUGUGAAACAGUAUGGAAACAACACGUGUGAAAUUUGAUGAAUGGGUUGUGUUAUGUCGCGUUUACGCUUUGUCGCUGAUAGAUUUAAUGAAAUGAAACGAAAAUGCGACAAAUUUGGAACGAAAACGUGACAAUAUGACAAAGCGAAAAUGCGAAAUAGCAAAAUCAGCCACCAUAGUGAAGAUCAGAUUUCAGAAAUAAAGACUACCUUGCUGCUAAA